UAUCUCCACAAUGAAUAGCAGAAACUACACACACACAAACACACUCUUUUUCUAAAUCCUUCAGACCAAAUCAAUCGAGCAACAAUGGCGUUGCAUCCCAAAGUUUUCUUCGACAUGACCAUCGGCGGUGCAGCGGCGGGAAAGAUCGUGAUGGAGCUUUACACGGACAAGACCCCGAAGACGGCUGAGAAUUUCAGAGCGCUGUGCACGGGAGAGAAAGGCGUGGGACGUAGCGGGAAGCCACUACACUUCAAAGGCUCAUCGUUCCACCGGGUGAUCCCUGACUUCAUGUGCCAAGGAGGAGAUUUCACCGCCGGGAACGGCACGGGAGGGGAAUCGAUCUACGGAGCCAAGUUUGAGGACGAGAAUUUCGAGAGGAAGCACACAGGACCUGGGAUUUUGUCGAUGGCGAACGCUGGUGCCAACACUAACGGAUCUCAGUUCUUCAUCUGCACCGUGAAGACUGGGUGGCUCGAUGGCAAGCAUGUGGUGUUUGGUCAGGUGAUUGAAGGCUUGGACGUUGUUAAGGCUAUUGAGAAGAUCGGCUCUUUGUCUGGAAAGCCCACGAAGCCUGUUCUGAUCGCCGAUUGUGGUGAGAUCUCUCCUUAGAUUCCGAUCUAGGGUUUUAGCGGUGGUUUCUACAAGUUUCUUAGCUAUGGACUGUGAUAUCAUCUCUAGGCAUUGAUAUUUUCCUAAUAAUUAAUUAAUAAUAAAAAAGGUUUUUAAUGUGGCU